UUUUGUUUUGUUUUUUUGACUAAGGACAGCAGGUUUACAAAAUGGCUGACGUCAUGUUAAACAACCUGAACAAACUACUGCUACAGCUUGUGUUUCAGCUGCAGCAAGCAUCUUACUCCAAGGAACAUUUGAGGCAACAGAUACAGAUAUAUGCUGCAAAUACUGCAGGGAAAAAGAUUGAGAUCUGUCAGCUACGAGAAGAAAUUAACAAGAACGAGGAGGCAAUUGCUUGCCUACGCAAACGAAACAAUAGCUGUAGAGAGAAUUGUAAUGCCUGGAAACCAACAUACAUGAUUCUUAGUCAGCAUGAAGAAUAUUUGCAGAAGGAACUUCAGAAUCACCAGGAAUCAACAGAAAAAGACAAGAAAAUGUACCAGGAUUACACAACUCAGUAUCAAGAGACUUUUAAACAACACCAAGAAAAAUAUUUAGCAACUGCCAUUGCUCAGGAAUAUCACCAGGAAAAAAAUGAAUUUGAAGAAAUCCAAAACCGAGUUCUGAAGCAGUCUGAGCUACUUAAACAGAAAGAAGCUGAAGUGAUAGAGCUUCAAGAACCUGGUCCAUUCCAGUCACUUUCGCAGUGGGCAUUACAGAUUGCUUCUUUGAGGCACAACACAAAAGAAAUUAUUACGCAUGCAGUGGUUCUCAGGCAGCAAUCACUUGAACUAGAAAAAACAGCAGAAGAGCUACAAAAGAAAAUUAAUUAUUUCAAACAGCAAAUUGAAAAGAUUGAAGAAGAUCAACACAAGCCUGAAGUGAUAGAAAAGGAAAAUGCAAAAGAACUUGAAGCAAGGAAGGCAUCUGAUGAAUGCUUUUUUUCUUCUUUCAGCUUGUUCAAAGAGAGUCACCAUGUGUUAAAAGAGAAACAUCAGAUAUAUGAAUCUUUACAGCUUCCUAGCAUUUGUCAGAAAUUAGUCCAAAGUUUCUCAACUCUGAAGCCAUUGUUUCAGCAAACGCAGAGAGGUAUGGAAGAGAGAAAAGAUUUUCCAGGACAUUCAGCAGUGACCAGUGUAUACUUCAGCCAUGUAGAAAAUGAAAGACAGAAAUGUAAUGACACCAUAGGAACUAACAUAGCAAAAAAUGCCCAGCUUUCAUCUGUAACAAGCUUGCAAAACCAAACACCACUAAGGUUACUAUCUUAUCAGAAGCAAACAAACAACAGACAGUGGUUUGAGGCUGAGGCUGCAGAAAUAGGAGGAAAAAAGGUUGAGUAUAUGGAACAAGAAGAAGGAAACAGGACAGAGGAUUCUGCACAAGCAUUUCAAUGGAGUGAAGUAUUGACGAGCAGACAACAACUGACUGUCCAUUUUGCAGAAAGAGAAGACGAUGCUGAAAGCUUUCCAAGAACUCCAGAGCCUAACAUACUUCCAAAGACACCUGCUUCUAGUAGGAUGGAAACUCCAAUGGAAUUAACUCCGUCAAAAGGUGAAGGAUCAAUGUCAAAGUCGCCUGGUUUUCCUUUCCUUUCUAGCUUUACUGCAAAGUCCCUUGGAUUUAAUUUCUUUGAUUCUUCUGUACUUGGAGCGGAAACUUCACCAAGCCAGUUAGGUGAAAGAGAUUCUGCUGGCAAUUUAAAUCCUAUUUCAUCACACAAAGAAGGAAAAAAGACCGAAUAUGUGGAACAAGAAGAAGCAAGCAGGUCAAAGGAUUCUGCACAUGUGUUUCAAGAUGAGCAGGCAACAACUGACUGUCAUUUUGCAGAAAGAGAAGACGAUGCUGUAAGCUUUCCAAGAACUCCAGAGUCUAACAUACUUCCAAAGACACCUGCUUCUAGUAGGAUGGAAACUCCAUUGGAACUAACUCCAUCAAAAAGUGAAGGAUCAGUGUCAAAGUCGCCUGGUUUUCCUUUCCUUUCUAGCUUUACUGCAAAGUCCUUUGGAUUUAAUUUCUUUGAUUCUUCUGUACUUGGAGCAGAAACUUCACCAGGCCAGUUAGGUGAAAGCUAUUCUGGAAAUUUAAAUCCUAUUUCAUCUCACAAAGAUAUUGGAAAUUUAUUUGGGAAAAUGGAGAAUGAUGAUUCAUUUGCAUUUUCUUUUCCAUCGUGCUCUUCCGCUCAAGCUUUUCAAAAUGGGAAAGACGACUUCAGUUUUCCUUUUGCUUUUGGGUCAUCCCAGGCUGCCUCACUAAAAGGCUUUCAGUCUUCAUCACAAAGCAGAAAGUCAUUUUCACUUUUUUAAUUAUGUUCUGCAAAAGGGCUUAGAGUUCUUAUGCAUUAACAAAUGUUUUUCACCUUGCACCUAAAACAAAAGAAGAUUACAAAGGAAAAAGAGAAUAAAUAUUUUCAUCCAAGUGAUGACACUGUUGCAUUUGAGUCUAUCAAUUUUAAAUGGAUCCAAUUAAGAAAGUUAAAGGUAAUUGUUUCACUAUAUUAAAAUCUUUGACAAACUUUUAUUUUAUGGACAGCAUGUAGUGUAAGCUUCAAAACUUUAAUUUGGAAUAGCUUCUUUAACAUGUUUGGUGCUAUGUAUUUAUCAAUAAUUUUACUGUCAUCUCAACUUUGUAAA